AACUAAUAGAAAAAAAGCAUGGAUUCCAUAGUCUCACACAAAACUGUGUUUGGCAGAAAUGUAUAAUUCUGUAGCCGCCUUGUAGUUGCUGGAACUUCAUUCUAGAGCCCCGGUGCCAUGGCGAUUUGCAUCGUGCUCCACAUCUCUGAAACUCCCUCUCUAAUGUAAUUCGGAAGUCAGAGACAUUUAAUGAUUUCAAGGUUAGGGUUAAGUCAUGCUUUUCUUUAACUGUGUCAGCUGCUUUUAGUUUGUAAACCACCCUGGGAUGAAUGCCCUGUAUGAAGCAAUGAGAUUAGCAUGGUAAGGUUGCAACAGUUAACACAUAUACAGUUUUUGUUGUGGCUGCCCAUAUUCUGCCAGUAAUAAGCAUAUUUUUACACUGCAGAGAAUGAUUUUACUGCAGGGAGAAUCUUUCAGUCCUCACUCAACGUUUAUUCUGGAUAUGCAAAUGUUUCCAUACGUUUGAGAUGAUCUGCUUCACCAUGGUCACCAUGGUCUGAUAGCAGAGACUGCUGUCGUGAGUAUGGACUGCUGCGUUUGAUUAAGUAACAGGAAGCAUCUUCAGGGGUUGAAAAUACAUUUUUGAACCGUUGGCUUAACACUCCAUUAGAUAUCUGAACUGCACUUGUUUUUGAACUGCCUCUAGAUAAGUUUGACUUGAAUAACUGAAACCGUUUAUUUGGAGCUUGUUUUAGUGGCCUGCUGUAAAGCACCACUGUCACAGUGUUCCCAGAGCUAUUUGCACCUUGUUUCUUCGCACAGGCCCUUCUGGCUGAUGCUGUGAUUGUUCAGCAUGUGAUGGCCAAGUUUGCCUUCCUUAAAAAGGAUGCCGGGACGAGAGACUUGGACAACAGACAGGGGAUGUUUCUGCUCACCUACCUGCUGUUCCCUGUCAAUGUUCUGGUGGGGGUUCUCCUGGGGGUGUGGAGGAUUGUAAUCACUGGCCUCUUCAACAUCAUUCACCUGGGCCGGCUGGACAUCAGCCUGCUAAACCGGGGUGUGGAGUCCUUCGACCCAGGUAUGUCUGCUUACUGCCACUGUCUUUAUCACUGUAUCAGCAUGCCCUCUCCUGCAUUGUAAAGCAAUGCUUAACCACCCUAGAACUCUGAACUCUGGUACGCUACAGGUCCAUGUUUUACUGAUAGCUUAGUAGCCGUGUCUUCUCACUGAUAUACUUGUUGGCACUCCUCCCCUCCUGUUAUUCUGCUGCUUUUAGAUUUGAAGAGCUGCUUCCUCCACCCAAUCGCUUCUUGUGCUGCAGAUCAAAUAAACCAUUGGAAUGAACCUGACCUACAGCACAGGAAAUGGUUAGCUGCCAGGAAGCAUCAGUAGCUUUUUUGAUGGGUAUUAUUACUGCUCCCAGAUUUUCACAAACCUUCUGGGAGUAAUAAUGUUGCU